AUGGAUCAUUCUCGCGGCUCUUCUAAAAGUAUUGUUCAAACUUUUGUUAGUUGGUAUUUUUUUUCUUUAGCUGGGAUAACGCGAUACAAACUUGGUUCACCAAUCCGUAUUGUCGUUUUUGUGGCAUUUUCGGAGUGUGGGAACAAAAAAAAAAGCCCAACAAACGCCUUAGUAAAAAUAGUACACUUCCGCGGCUCCGAUAAAAUCCUACAAAGAUCUCAACAGUUCUUGAGAAUUCCAUUAUUCUCACGUGCUAUAACAGAAAGCCUCGAUAUAUGUUUACUCUGGUCUACCAUGGACCAAAAAUUGUUGAUCUACAGAUGGAUUUGGUGUCAGAACAUUAUUAGACGUAAUGAGAUAUGGUUAGAAGCGAGAAUGCUGUAA